ACGAACUCGUCUUGAAUAUGCUCCAUUUUUUCUCAUAGAGUGAGGGUUGCCACAGACAUAAAAGAGAAAGAAUGUUCCGCACUUACCAGAAGGCAGGAAUUUAAAUGCAAUGCGGAGUUAGAAAGAGGCUGGGGCAAUGUGGACCUUUUUAUCUAAACACAUAUUCAGCAAGAUUUCAGAAAAGCCACACCUCCGAUUCUUUAAAAGGCUUUGUGUUUUUGGUUUUCUAACACAAGUUUACCAUCGUAACAAUAUUCGUGGUGAUUGAAGACAGAGAAUAAACCACUCAUCUCAUCAUCAGCAAAGGACAGGCAAGGUGCUGAUCUGUGUAGGAGGUGGUGAAUCGUGUUCAUACUGGAAGCCACAUGUUAAGUUAAAGUCCCUAAUGGGGUUUCACACCAAAAAAAUACACAAGUUGGUGAAGAGGCUAGUCAUCCUCCCUUUUCUCUGUUUUUUACCACUGUGUCUCUUCAGUGGGUGGCUGAGUAGCUCUGUGAAACCUUUACAUCAUGACAGCAGAAGUAGAAAUGUGACCGUCCUGCUGUGGUAUUGGCCCUUCAGCAGAUCAUUCAGCCUGAAGGGUGACGUUUGCUGGGAUCUCUACCGUAUCCCUCGCUGUAUUCUGGUGGACGAGCGCUCCUACUUCCCCUCUGCGGAUGUAGUGGUGUUCCACAACAGGGAGCUGCAAGUGGGCCUCCACAAGUUGCCUACUAACAUCUCACGGCCACCAAGCCAGAAGUGGGCCUGGAUGUCCCUGGAGGCUCCUUCUCACAAUGGAAACUUACAUAAGUAUGCAGAUAUCUUUAACAUGACCAUAACCUACAGGAGGGAUGCUGACAUCAGCAUACCCUAUGGCAUGCUGCUACGGAGGGAGGCUGAAGAACAAGUGAAUGAAGACAACUCUGUAAACAAGAGCUCUCUGGUUUGUUGGGUGAUCAGCAACUAUAAGAGCCACCACAAAAGAAGCCAAGUGUACAACAACCUCAGAGCUUCAGUUCCUGUGGCGGUUUAUGGGCGCUGGACUAAAAACCGCCUCCCCUCCUCAGAACUUUUACCUACAAUAUCUCGCUGCUAUUUUUAUUUGGCUUUUGAGAACUCACUUGCUAAAGAUUAUAUCACGGAGAAGCUGUGGAGGAAUGCUUACGAGGGAGGGGCUUUGCCCAUUGUCCUGGGGCCACCUUUAGGCAAUUACAAAGCUGUGGCUCCACCUCAUUCUUUCAUCCAUGUUGAUGAGUUUGCGUCACUGAAUGAAAUGGGAAAGUAUCUACAACAGCUUGCAGAGGAUAAGAAACGCUACAGUGAGUAUUUUACCUGGAAGAAACAGUGGAAAGUGAAACGGUACACAGACUGGAGGGAAAGACUGUGUAAUAUCUGUUCAAAGUACAACAGUUUACCUAAGCACAAAGUUUACUCAGACCUAGAUGCGUGGGUCAAUGCUAACACGAGCUUAAACAUUUAAUCAAAUUUUACUGUAUUUUUUGCAACAUUUGUAAACAUCAUGACAUCAUUCUCUGAAUUACUUUGAAAACAGUUCAGAGUGAAUGUGAAACUUAAAAAUCUAAAAAUUGUAUCUAAAAAAAUAUUUUAGAAAUGUGAUUGUAUGCACACCAGUUAAACUGCACUGUAACUAAUAUGCAUUAACAACAAUGACCGAGUGAUCUGCUACACUGAGAUCCCUAGCACUUUACUCCAGUACACUAAGGUUAAAAACUACCUAGAAUGUGGAGAUAUUUAGAAAAAUGGAUGUAGUGGAUAUCUGGAUAAAGUGUAACCUGCCUCUUGCAUUAUGGAAACGUCUGUAAACACACACUGUACUGUAAGUGCUACUUUGUACAAACUAUGACAGAAAACAUCAUUUUCCUGUGUUGCAAGAAAGGGAUGUUUUAUUAAAAUUAUGCUACCACUUUUACACCUUCAGUUAUUAAAGAAGCUGCUGUUGCAAUAUUGUCUGAAUAUAUAAAAUACUGUGAGCUAGUCAACUGCUCCAGCUUAGAAAGACAGUUUCAUACUUUUAGAGAGAACCAGGCUAGCUGAUUGUCUCAAUCAUGUUUGUAAAUAAUUCAACAUUUAAAAUUGAGUUUUGUUCGCAGCGCCUCUGGUAGAAACUCCAGUUCUCACACUGCUUCAGUGUUUACAAUAAAGC